UUGACUCUUAUCGCUCUCUCUCUCUCUCUCUCUCUCUCUCAGCCUUGUCAGAAUCAUUUUUAAUCAAAUUGAAAUGGAUGAUCACAACAACAACAAGGCACUUUUCAAAGAAGUGUUCGGCGAUUCAUCGGACAGCGACGACAACGAACAACAAACACAACAACCUCAAUUGGAAUUGGAGGAAGAAGAAGAUCAUCAAAACCCGAGUUGGGAACAAAUCAAAGAGAUCAAAGGUCUUUGGUUGUGCAGAGACUUCCUCUCUCCUCGACAACAAUCUUCCCUCGUCUCCGCUAUUCUAAACGAAGGAUGGUUCACUGAACCCUCACACAACCAGGCUAUGAGGUUUGGAGAUCUUCCAGCUUGGUCAAGUGAAAUUUCAAACUCUAUCCGCGAGCUGGUGCUUUUAUGUGAUCCUGCUUCUGAUCCUGUGGACUUGGGAACUUAUGAUGAAGCUAAAGAAGCCUGUCCAUUUCCAUCAGAUUUAUUGCGGAGAGAGCCACUCUUUGACCAACUCAUUGUAAAUGUAUACCAACCAGGUGAGGGUAUCAGUGCACAUGUUGAUCUUAUGCGCUUUGAAGAUGGAAUUGCCAUUGUCUCCUUAGAGUCAUCAUGUGUGAUGCAUUUCACCCAAGUUGACCGAACAGAUUGUGACGUCAAAAUGGAUCCACCCAUGACAAAGAUCCCUGUUUAUCUGACACCAGGAUCUCUAGUUCUCAUGUCUGAAGAAGCGCGUUACUGUUGGAAACAUGAAAUAAAUCGCAAGCCAGGGCUUCAAAUAUGGGAAGGGCAGGAGCUAAAUCAGAAGAGGAGAAUCUCGGUAACACUGAGGAAGCUCUGCAAGGUUGAGUAGCAUGUUAAUCAUCACAUUAGAGCUGCAAAAUACAUCUGCUCUAUUGUUUUUGAGCAGUUCUCAUUCUUCUUGAUUAUUUGGACUUGUACUUUAAAUGUGGUUUGACUUGAGAAUAAUAUACAAUUUAGAAUGUUGAAGAGUGUAGUGACAAAUCUGACUUAUACAAAAACUUCUGAGAUCCUUAAUUUGAAUCUAUUCCAAAUGUUGUACGUUUUAUUUUUGCA